ACCGUUUAAUCCGGCCGGGGUUCAGAAACGCCCGGGGUCUGCGAUUGUGCGUUCUCAGCCGUCCCGCGCCGACGUGUAAACGGACGAUCGUUUUCUCAUCGUAGUGCCCGUUGCGGUAAGUACCGUACUUCGCGAACUGCGGUUUACACGGUUUAUACGGUGUCGGGGAACCGCGCGAUAGGACGCCGCACGCGCGGCAUUGUGAGAGCACGCGCGAGCGCGUCGAUUGCGCAGAACUCGGUCGGCGAAUUUCGGUUUCGUAGAAAAAGUGCCGAUUAUGAAAUCGAUACAGAACGAUAUUCCGGAUGGCGAGAAGUUGCUUUUUUUUUUUUUUCAAAAACGUUUAGCGAAUUACAAAAAGAUGAAAAAUCGUUAUUUGUGAACAGUAAAUAAUAUUCAGAGAUAAUAGAAAAAACGCAACGUCUUGUCCUAACGGAAUGCCAUUUUCUUUUAAUUUUACACCCAAUAGACGUUUACAAAUUUUCACGCUAAAACCAAAAUUAAUCGUGUUUUGUGUAGUUUGCCUAAGCAUGUUUCAACUGACCUAUCGUGUGUUUGUAAAACGGGAAGCAACAAAAAUGCAUGUGAAAUGUCCUCUUAACUCUUAAUACCUAUAUUUAGAACCCUAUAAGUUUUUUUUCCGAUUUGAACGCAGAAUUCAGUAUUUAAGUAUUCCUGAUGGUGAUGUAUUUCUACUUUAUCAGACACUUUUUCCCAUCAUAUGUAGUUGGGUAUAAUACAAAUGAUAUUGAAGUUAGAAUUUGGUAAUCUAAUUCAGUAUUUGAGUUACAUAUUUUUGAAACUAAUCAAAUUUUGAUUUCAUUGACAUUUGUUUCAUUAAAAAAAAAGUGUGUCCGUUAAAGUAGAAAUGUUUACUGAUUUUUUGUUUAUUACCUAGCUAUUUAAUAAUCAUUUUUUACAGUUUGUUGGUAUUAAAUUAUCAAGAUGUCAGAGAUUAAUGGUGAUCAUAGUGAUAGAAGUAGUGAAGUUGAUGAUUAUAAUGGAUGUGUAGAUUCUGGAAUAAGGUAAUUAUUUAUAAUACUAUCAUAUAAUUAAAUUGGGUAAAUGGAUUCCUACUGAUUUUUAUUAAUAUUUAAGGUUAAAAUUAUUUCCACUUUACGAUUGAUUGAUACAAAUACUUAUUAAGUUGUCCAAUAUAAUUUUUCAAAUAUAAUGUUUGAUCUAUUUUUUUUUUUUAUAUAAUAUAUAACUGUAUUAACAAUAAUUGUAUACAUAACAAAAAACAAAUUAAGACAAUAUUAUGUACUUACAAAUAACAUAAAAAAUGUAUUUGCUAUCUUGAAAAAUACUAUACAUAGUACUAUAAACUAAUAGCCUUAAUAUUUUAAGAGCUAAUAAAUCAAAUUUUUCUUAAAAUUACCAAUAAGAAAAUCUGUCAUAAGAGAAUGGGGACAGGUGCAGCCAGUGUUAUAGAUAAUAUAAUGUAUAUCUGUUUGAUUAACCAUUGCCAAUGAAAAAAUGGUUCUGAGUAGAGUUAAGUUGAUUAUGUUGCUUUGUCAACAAUAUAUAAAUAUAUAUGUCUUAUUAUGAUAAAAUAAUAACAUAAGAAUAUAGUAAAUAAAUACAUAAAUAAAAAAUGAAUAAAUGCUUCGCCUGGAGUAUUAUUAUAAGUGUAUUAUACGACCAGUUUUGAAUUAAAAAUUCAUUAUCAGGUAUAUCACAGUCAAAGUAUAAGACGCGUUUAAUACUAUAAUAUUAAAUUUAAUAAAUGCUUAAUACUUUAUUAUUUUAUUGUCUAUAUCACAGGAUCCCAAACUGGGGGGGCGUAUACACAUUGCUGGGUAGGCGCAAGCAGUUAUUACGAAAAACAUUAUUUAUUGAUUAAAUUAUUUUUAUUUUAAAACGUAGAGAAAAAAAAUCAAUUUAAAGGAGUUUUCGAUAAAAUACCAACCCAUUUAUCCUGAAAUUUCAAAUGAAGCUUUAAAAGUCCUUGUACAAUUUUCAUCAUGUGAAUCUGGGUUCUGUAGCAUGGCAGUUACCUACUGUUUGAAAAUAUUUUAUUGUAUAAAACUGUAAUAUAUUUUUAUGCUGUAAACUAAUUAAUAUGAUUCUAAAACUUUUCAGAUUUAUAAGUACCUCUGAAGAAGAAAUAAAACAACCAAAUAGUAUUCUACCAAUUGAAAUAAAAAAAGAGUAUGAUGAAAUAGAUAAUUGUGAGUUUAGAAGUGUUAUUACUAUUGAAAAUGAUCCCAUGGAAUUAAUUUUAUAUAAAGAACCAAAUCCUAAAAGAACUGGAAGAAAAGUUGAUAAUGAAAACUGCCCCGUACAGUGAGUAUCUUUAAAUAUUUUUUACUUAUUAUCUAUAUUUUUGUUGACUAUUAUUAUUAUUAAUUAUAUUUAUUGAUAAUUUGAUAACAAAUUAUUUUUUAUUGAGGUCAGAAUAAAUCUAGCUGGGUUAAUUUUAGAGUUAUAAUUGUCCGAGUAAGCACAGUGAGCAUAUGACCACCUUGGGUCUCUAGUUCGUCGUAUAAUGUUUUUCAAAUUCUUAUUCCAUUUACUGGUUUGAUUAUUAAUUUUUACUCAAGUUGGGUUCGUAUAUUUCGUAAGUGUAAAUAUUUUUGUUGUUUCACUUUUUGUUUGAUUAAAUUUGAGUUUCCAUUUUGUAAACCACUCUUGAGAUCCAGUGUAGUGAGUUUUGUGUAUCUAUAAAUGAGCUUUCAAAAUGUUUGAGCGGUUAGUAUUAAAUGAACAUAAUAUAAUAAUGUAAAGAUAGUUAUGUAAAUUCAAUUUUGUUAGUUUAUGUUUAAUUACGUUCUGUGGUAUUUUACUCGUUCUAGUAUUUUGGAAAGGGCAGGGAGCUUAUUGUUCUGUAUCUUAUAAAGAAGUUAAAGGUUUUUCCAGGAUUGUGAAUAGAAAUAAGUUUUGCUUAAUACAGGUGUUUGGUAAAUAUUAAAAUUGAGUGUAGAAAGUUGGCUAAUGUUUAGAUAUAUGAAAAAAAGUGGAGAGUAGUUGGAUUUCUUCUACUGUUGAUUUUUAAGGGGCUAGGGCUGAUUAGAAUUGAUUCUGUUAAGUGUUGUGUUUUGCUAUCUAUUUUGCUGUUAUUUUGAUAGAAGUUUUAAUUUUUUAUCAAUAUUCAUUAAGUGUCCCUAUUUUAUUGGGGGGUUGUUAUUUUGGAAUUUGGAUUGAUUGCUCAUAUAAGAUGAUAAUAACAGGAAUGAGUUAUUAGUCUUGUUAAGGGUCUGGUUAAUAUAAAAUUUGAUGAUACAUCUUCAGCGAUUGGAGAUUAGAGUAAUAUCUGGAAUGUAUGGUUGUCUUCCAGUUUGUUGAAAGGUAGGUUCUAAUGAAAUAUUAUGAUUUUUAGCUCAAGGGUGAAUUUCAGUAAUUAAUUGUUGUAAUAUAUUGUUUUUAGGCAGUCCCAAAAUUUCGUUUUACGAGUUUGGUUAUUCUUAGAGUAUGGUAGGGUAGUUAUUGAAAAGUGAAGAUAUAUCACCUCUUUGAAUUUUUAAUUUGGUGAAUUGUAGGCUAAUACAAUUUUUAUUUCAUAUUUAUCUGUUGAAACCGUUAUAGCAAUGGUUUUUAUAUUGUUCAUUUUGGAGAAAGUAGAUUAGUGAUAUUUGACAGAUUUGUUAUUAAGGUGUUCACUUCACCAGAUUAAUGAAUGACAUCUCUUGCCAUUUCUUCAAAUAAUAGCCUUAAAAAGUUCAUUAUUUUUAAGAUAUUAUUUUCAAGUUAUGUGGAGAAAGAAAUUUAAUGAAUGUUAAUUUUUUUGGUUUUAAUGUCAUUUCCAUUCCAGUUAAAGAUUUUGGAUAUCUUUUAAACUAAUUUUAGACUGGUAUGGAUAGAUUUUUCGAUUGCACAAAAAAAUUAUCAAAUCAUCAGAUCUCAUAUGUAAACAUAACCAAGGGUGAAAUAAAUACCGCUCAUAUCAUAAAAAAUAACAUACUUAUUUCCAAAAACAAUUUCAAUGUUUAUUGAAAAUAUUCUUCUUCUCAUACGUUCUAUUAUUAAGUUGUACUAGUGAAAUAUGUUCACUAGUGUGUUAUAGAAUUUUUUCAGAUGUUCUUUUUGUGAUAUUGAUCUCCUUUGGAGUUUAAUAAUGUUCUCAAAUUUUUUUCAGAUUUGUUAAGUCUUGCGAGCAUUUGAGUGUAAAUAAUAAUUUGAUCAUACAUAAUAGAAUACAGUACUUAUAUUUUAUUGUUUUAUUCACAUUAAUUUUUGUUUUUCAUUGUAAUAUAUUAUAAUAUUAUUAUAUUUUAAAUUGUAUUGUUUUUUAUUAUUUUUCAUCUAGGAAUUUGGUGAAUGUUCGAAAGCCAUCUAUUAAUAGUACAUUUAUUUUUUAUAUUGUAUAUUUUUGAUAUGAUAGAAAAGUCACUUUGAAUAACUUUGGAUAUAAUUUGGCGGAAUUCUAUAAAUUCAGAUAAAUUAUUACAAAUAGACCACUAUUUAGAUGAAUAUUAAUUGUCUGUACUUGUGUAAUGAGAUUAUUCGGAUUUAAAUUUUGAACAUCGCAAUGAAUUUAGGAUUAUUUCUAUUACGUCUAAUGGAGAAUAGUAAUUGGGUAUAGUGGAAAAUAUUUUUGUUUUAUUGUUUAGAGAUCUUUUUGCUUUGUGAUCUAAACUCAUUGGAGUUGGGUGAUGGAGAUGGAGUUUAAUUCAAACAGAGGUUGAUUUGGUUGGAGUUUCACCUUACUAUCCUUUAUAACUUAUGAUUUUUGAUAUGUAGGCUAUCUCAUCAAUUAUGUACACAAAUACACAGAUUAAUGAAAAAUUAAUUUUUAAUACAAUUUAAAAUCUUUCCGUGAUAAAUUAGUCAUAUUUCUAUAUUUUUUCUCAUAGUUAUCAUUUUAAUUAUAUAAUGAAUUAUUCUCAAUGAUGUCCUUAAAAAGAACACUAAACAAUAUUUAUACUUUUUUAAGACAUUACAUGAAAACCAUAAAUUUCAAUUAAUUAUUGACGAAUUUCAACUGGAGAAAACUUUUGGAAAUUAUAUAAUCAAUUAAUGAUUUAGAUUUUGUGUAACUUGAAUAUUGGUUUUCAAUAUUUAUCACUACAAAACAUUCAAAAAGCUCAAAUAUAAUAGUCAUAACACAAAAAGUUCAUAGUAUAUUAGUUAACUAACAUAUCAAUGUUAGAGAUUUCUUUCCGAAAUGCUACAUUUUUUAUCCUUAAAAUAACCUUAUACCUUAUUUAUCAGACAAACUAUCUAAAUAUUUUGAUUUUACUGUUUGUACGGUAUUUAAUAAGAAUUAUUAUUUUAAUAAUUCAGAUUUACGAGUAUCUCUGCAGAAAAAACAAUACAGUCAAAUACACAAACAAUUGAAUUAAAACAAGAAAAUGAUAUGGUGAACAUGGAUGAAUUUUCGAAAUUGUCUAAUGUAAAUCAGCAAAAACUAAAUUAUACCAGAGAGAAACAGUUUAAAUGUAAUGUUGGUGAAUCAUCAAUUAUUCAAUCAUCUAGUUUUAACCAGGACAAGUCCAUACAUAUUGAAAAGAAACAAUUUAAAUGUGAUAUUUGUCAAAAAUCAUUUAAACGGAAAUCAAAUAUGGUCGAACAUAUAAGGGUUCAUACUGGAGAAAAACAAUUUAAAUGUGAUAUUUGUCAAAAAUCAUUCGGAUACAAAUCAGUUUUGGUAAAUCAUAGAAGGAUUCAUAGCGGAGAGAAGUCGUUUAAAUGUGAUGUUUGUCAAAAAUCAUUUAGACGGAAAUCAAAUAUGGUCGAACAUAUAAGGGUUCAUACUGGAGAAAAACAAUUUAAAUGUGAUUUUUGUCAAAAAUCAUUUGGAUACAAAUCAGUUUUGGUAAAUCAUAGAACCAUUCAUACUGGAAUUAAACCAUUUAAAUGUGAUGUUUGUCAAAAAUCAUUUGGAUACAAAUCAGUUUUGGUAAAUCAUAGAAGGUCUCACAGUGGAGAGAAGCUAUUUAAAUGUGAUGCCUGUCAAAAAUCCUUUACACAGGCAUCAAAUUUGAUAAGACACAUGAAGGUUCAUACUGAACAAAAACAAUUUAAAUGUGAUUUUUGCCAAAUAUCAUUUAAACGGAAAUCAAAUAUGGUAGAACACAUAAAGGUUCAUACUGGAGAAAAACAAUUUAAAUGUGAUGCCUGUCAAAAAUCUUUUACACAUCCAUCAAAUUUGAUAAGACACAGAAAGGUUCAUACUGAAGAAAAAAAAUUCAAAUGUGAUUUUUGCCAAAAAUCAUUUAGACGGAAAGCAAAUAUGGUAGAACACAUAAAGGUUCAUACUGAAGAAAAACAAUUUAAAUGUGAUUUUUGCCAAAAAUCAUUUAGACGGAAAUCAAAUUUGAAAAUACACACAAGGGUUCAUACAGGAGAGAGAAUUCUUUUCUAAUGAUAUCUAUAAAUAAUAAAGAAAUUUGAUAAAUAAUGUAUGGUGUAUAACAAACUAAC